UAGGGGAUAGAAUACAAGCGACUCGGUCAGUGUUCCGGGAACCCUGAGAGGGGUGGGGCGGACUGCCCAAGGCUCAGGGUCCCAGAGGGGUCAACUUAGAUCCCCGGAGGACACACACACACACACACACACACACACACACACACACACACACGCUAGUGGGAGGGAAUCCACAACUCGGAACCUUCCGGGAAUGGGAAGGUGCCAAGCUGAUUGAUCUCACGCCUCCCGGUCUCUCAGCCCAAGGGGGUGGUGACCUGCAUUGCAGAGAGGAGGGACUGUGAAGGGGGUCGGUGACCUUAGGAGAGAGCAAGUACCUGGUGGGAAGAGAGAAUGUUGCAUCUCUGAGGGCUUGACAACCUUAUACCAUCUCCUAUUCUCCCCGCCCUGUCGCCCGCCCGGUGAAACAAUCGUCCCCGCGGGUGGUGCUGUGACACCCGCGCUUACAUAGGGUCUGACUUCGGGGUCAACUUCUACAUGGCUUUGUGCGGGUGCGUGUGUGUGCACAGCCGUGACUGUACGCGCGUGCACAUCUACGCCUCUCGUUCCCACCUCCCAGCGCCACGAAGGGUCUCAACCCUAUGACACUCGGGGACUUGGGCUCCUCCACGGCUCUCAGCUCAGUGGCCUGGGACGCGGGCAGGGGACGCAGGCAAGGCCAGGAAAAGGAGGCGAGGCUGUAUCUCGGCGUCCUGAGAUGUCCCCCAGGCUCCAGUCAACUUCCCCUCGGGGAACCCUGGUCCCCUCCCAGGGCCACCGAUGGACAUGCAGCGGCCCCCGCCUCUGCUCCGGUCCCCUCCCCGCGCGGCUCCCACGUCCGACCUGCCUCGCGCUCACAAAAUGAACCACCGCCUCGCGUCGCCGCGGCCGCUGCCGCCGCGCCCGCUCCCGAGCUCGAGAGCCGGAGCCGCCCGGCCCCUUCGGCGUCGCCGGCGCCGCGGCCGCCCCGCCUGCCCGACCGGUCCGGGGCUGCUCCGAUCGCGCGGUCCCCGGCUCUUGACGCAGUGAGCGCCGCAGCCCGGCUCCCGCAGGCUCCUCUCCGCUCCGGGCGAGAGGCCGAUCCCCAAGCCCGGCGGGCUCCGGGAGGGGCGGGCAACACGGGAAGGGGAGGAGGUCUGUCUGGAGCCAGCGAGAACCCCAAGGAGGAAGAGGAGGAGGAAGCCGGGGCAGCCGCCACCGCCGCCGCCGCCGCCGCCGCCGCCGCCGCCUCCACAGUCGCCGGGGCGCUUCGGGGACUUGGGCGCGCGCUAGCGGGCGACCGAGCUUUCAGCCCUGGGGGCCACAAGCCGGUUCAGAGAACACUUCAGGCAGAGGAACCGGGCGAAGCCACCAGGACACACAGGCCCAUGGAAAAGCAAGCUGUGGUCACCUCAGGACCCGGGAGGACGACAAGGGGCGGUGGGCAGUGAGGGAGCCAUUCUCCCUCCCAGCACCUGCGCCAUGCAGCUUGGGACAGGACAUCUCUGACAGUGCAGGCAGUGCUAUAUCCCAUCCCUAAGUCCCCUGGGGAGGGACCACUGCCCAUCCCCCGCAUCCCCAAGGCAGAGUGUCCCAAGAUGGCUGGGCACGGGUGGGGUGCACCGUGGGUACUUGUGGCAGCCGCCACAUUACUGCACGCUUGUGGGCUGGCCCAAGGUGACUGCUGGCUGAUUGAGGGUGACAAGGGCUUCGUGUGGCUGGCCAUCUGCAGUCAGAACCAGCCGCCCUAUGAGGCCAUCCCCCAGCAGAUCAACAACACCAUCGUGGACCUGCGGCUUAACGAGAACCGCAUCCGCAGCGUGCAGUACGCGUCCCUCAGCCGCUUCGGGAACCUCACAUACCUCAACCUCACCAAGAAUGAGAUAGGCUACAUCGAGGACGGGGCCUUCUCUGGCCAGUUCAACCUCCAGGUGCUGCAGCUGGGUUACAACCGGCUGCGCAACCUUACGGAGGGCAUGCUGAGGGGCCUGAGCAAGCUCGAGUACCUGUAUCUGCAGGCCAACCUCAUCGAGGUGGUGAUGGCCAGCGCCUUCUGGGAGUGCCCCAACAUAGUCAACAUAGAUCUCUCCAUGAACCGCAUCCAGCAGCUUGGCAGUGGCACCUUCGCGGGCCUGACCAAGCUCUCGGUGUGCGAGAUUUACAGCAACCCUUUCUACUGCUCCUGCGAGCUGCUGGGUUUCCUGCGCUGGCUGGCAGCCUUCACCAACGCCACCCAGACCCACGACCGUGUGCAGUGUGAGUCUCCUCCCGUCUACGCGGGCUACUUCCUCCUGGGCCAAGGCCGCCACGGCCACCAACGUAGCAUCCUUAGCAAGCUGCAGUCCGUGUGCACUGAGGGCUCCUACACUGCUGAAGUGCUUGGCCCGCCCCGCCCGGUGCCCGGCCGAUCACAGCCAGGACAUUCGCCACCUCCGCCUCCUCCAGAGCCCAGUGACAUGCCCUGCGCUGAUGACGAGUGCUUCUCUGGAGACGGCACCACGCCACUGGUGGUCCUGACGACACUGGUCCCUCAGACAGAGGCCCGUCCCUCCAUGAAAGUCAAGCAGCUGACCCAGAACUCAGCCACCAUCAUGGUGCAGCUGCCCAGCCCUUUCAACCGCAUGUACACACUGGAGCAGUACAACAACAGUAAAUCGUUCACGGUGUCCAAGCUGACUCAGCCUCAGGAGGAGAUCCGCCUCACCAAUCUCUACACGCUCACCAACUACACGUACUGCGUGGUCUCCACGAGUUCUGGCACCCAUCAUAACCACACCUGCCUUACCAUCUGCCUGCCCAAGCCACCCAGCCCACCCGGCCCCGUGCCCAGCCCCUCCACAGCCACCCACUACAUCAUGACCAUCCUGGGCUGCCUCUUCGGCAUGGUGCUGGUGCUGGGUGCCGUGUACUACUGCCUGCGAAAGCGGAGGCGACAGGAGGAGAAACACAAGAAGGCCGUGGCAGCAGCCGCUGGCAGCUUGAAAAAGACCAUCAUUGAACUUAAGUACGGCCCUGAGAUCGAGGCACCCGGGCUGGCUCCGCUGACCCAGGGCCCGCUGCUGGGCCCUGAGGCUGUGACUCGAAUACCCUACCUGCCAGCUGCCACCAGCGACGUGGAGCAGUAUAAGCUGGUGGAGAGCGGCGAGACCCCCAAGGCCACCAAGGGGAACUACAUUGAAGUGCGCACAGGGGAGCCGCCGGAACGCAGAGGCUGUGAGCUGAGCCGGCCUGCCCCUGAAACCCAGAGCUCGGUAGCCGAGAUCUCCACCAUUGCCAAGGAAGUGGACAGAGUCAACCAGAUCAUUAACAACUGCAUAGACGCACUCAAGUCAGAAUCCACCUCCUUCCAGGGCGCCAAAUCAGGGGCCGUGUCCGCGGCUGAGCCGCAGCUGGUGCUGCUGUCCGAGCCUCUGGCCAGCAAGCACAGCUUCCUAUCCCCUGUAUACAAAGAUGCCUUUGGCCAUGGUGGCCUGCAGCGGCACCACAGUGUGGAGGCUGCGACCGGGCCCCCGAGGGCCAGCACUUCAUCCAGCGGUUCUGCACGCAGCCCUCGCACCUUCCGGGCUGAGACGGCCGGCGCACAUAAGGCCCCAGCCACCGAGACCAAGUACAUUGAAAAAAGCUCACCUGUGCCCGAGACCAUCCUCACUGUGACACCCGCGGCCACUGUGCUGCGGGCGGAGGCCGACAAGAGUCGCCAGUAUGGCGAGCAUCGGCACUCGUACCCCGGCUCUCACCCUGCCGAGCCACCUGCUCCGCCACCACCUCCACCCACUCAUGAGGGUUUGGGAGGCCGAAAGGCAUCUAUCUUGGAGCCUCUGACCCGGCCACGACCCCGAGACCUCGUCUACUCGCAACUGUCCCCGCAGUACCACAACCUGAGCUAUUCAUCCAGCCCCGAGUACACCUGCAGGGCAUCCCCAAGCAUCUGGGAGCGUCUCAGACUAAGCCGGCGGAGACACAAGGAUGAUGCGGAGUUCAUGGCGGCUGGCCACGCCCUGCGCAAGAAGGUCCAGUUUGCUAAAGACGAGGACCUGCAUGACAUCCUAGACUACUGGAAAGGCGUGUCUGCCCAGCACAAGUCCUGAACCUCCCCACCCCCACCUCCCACCCCCCCACCCCCCCACCCCCCACCCCGUUAGCAGGGCCAAAGGCAGCCUGGCCCUGUCCUCUCCGAAACUCGUGAUGCCCUUUGGACCAAAAAGGACAGACCAUCCACAGCAGCUAUCCCUGACUGAGACUCAACACUAAAUCCAACGUAUGUGCACAAUCAGGGGCCGCUGCGUUCCGCACCUGGCCCACAGGGACAGCUUGAGGAGGCCGCAGGUGGCCGCAACAGUAGAUAUACUAAUUUCCAUGUAAACUGUAAUGUGCCUGCUGCCUGGUGCAAGCAAGCAAGCAAGACACACACACACACACACACACACACACACACUCACACACACACACACACACUCACACACAAAUGCAUACACAUGCAUGUGCGCGUGCACACACAAACAUACGCACAUGCAUGCACACACUCUCACACACACACAUGCACAGACAUGCACACAUGGGACUUCGGAAAACUGUGUCUUAGGGGUGGGGGUGGGGGAGGGGAAGUUUUUCCAUUAUCUUUCCUGUUUUGAGUCUUCUCUUUCUUUUCCUCCUUUCUUCUCUCUCUCUCUCUCUCUCUCUCUCUCUCUCUCUCUCUCUUUAUUUUCUUCCUUUUUAAAAAUAUAUAUAUAAAAAUGAAAAUCUUAAAAAAAAAAGAAAGAAAAAAAGAAAGGAGAAAGAACUAAAUCACCUAGCGUGGGGUGCGUGACCAGUAUAGCCAGCUUCAAGGCACCCCCUAAAUAUGAUCUCCAGGCUGUGGAGUGCAAAGGGGUGGAGCCAAGGCAGAUGGGCCACUGGCCCUUGGCAGCAUCCAGAGGCUGUGGGACUCUAGUGGGGAGGUGGAGACUGUGCCUGGGGACCGGUCAGGGUGGCAAGAGGGGUGCAGGCUGGGAAACAUUGUGGGUCCCCCCCACCUCGGCCCCAUCUUCAUUGUAUACUGUAGUUGUUCUAUUGUACAGAAAAAAAAUCUAUAUUUGCAAAGUUUGCUGUAAAAUGAGAGAGAAAAAAAGACUAUGUCUACUUAAAAAAAAAAAAACUCAGCAAAGAAAAAAAAUCCAAA